AUGGCUGCCAAUUUCACCGAAGACAACAUAAAGGAGCUCAAAUACCGGCUAGAAGACGCGGCGAUAAAAUGCUCCGAGCGCUGUCUCUACCAGUCGGCGAAAUGGGCCGCAGAAAUGCUCGACUCGAUCAUCCCGAUCGACAACUAUGACACCGAUCCCGAUUCUCCAAUGGACAUUACCGAUCCACCUCCGAGCCCUGUGAAUCCCUACCUUCGAACCCAAGAUGCGCAUGAAGCUGCACUCGAAGCUCAGGAAGCGCACAAGUACCUCUUAGCUAAAUCAUACUUUGACACCCGGGAGUACGACCGAUGCGCCUCGGUGUUUCUCCCGUCCAGCAUCCCGCCUAUUCCGUUAUCUACCUCUUUGCCGAACCCGAAGCCGAAACCAUCAUUGACACCGCAAAAGGGGAAAUCAAAGGCGUCGCCAUAUGUCGGGGUGAAGGAAAACAUCGCUAUAAGGAAUCCAUAUCCUAAGCUCAGUCAGAAGUCAUUAUUUCUCGCUCUUUACGCCAAGUACCUUGCUGGAGAGAAAAGGAAGAAUGAAGAGACGGAAAUGGUUCUCGGCCCGGCUGACGGGGGCGCAACUGUGAAUCGGGAACUUCCAGACUUGGCUCGCGGGCUGGAAGGAUGGUUCACGGAGCGUAGCGAGAAGGGCGUCGAUGACCGUAACCACGGAUGGCUCGAGUAUCUCUAUGGAAUUAUUCUCCUCAAAGGGAGGAACGAGGAGGAGGCUAAGAAGUGGUUGGUAAAAAGCGUGCAUUUAAACCCCUUUCACUGGGGAGCCUGGCAAGAAUUGAACGAUCUGCUUGGCAGUACCGAAGAUGUAGGCCUCCCUAUCUGA